AUGCUGAUGAAUUCAUCCUUGAAUCAUUUCGAUAGGGCAUUUGUAUCCACUACUGACCAAAGUUUUAUCCAAUUCAUUGAACAAAAUACUCAAGAUCCAGGUCAAAGGUGUAUGAUUCCUGCUUGUGUUUUUUCUAAAAGUAAUGAUGAUUUAAGAAGGAAUUUACAACUACUAGUAACUGAUUCGAUCCGAUUACUUCCUUCCGAUGAUCAAGUUAGAAAACUUAUUUCGAUUUACUUAAACAUUUGUGAGACAAAUUAUUUUUAUGUUCAACAUCUGAGAUUCUACAAAGAGGUGGAUGAUUUUUUAGAAAGAAAGAGCUUGGGAGAUUUGGAAUAUUUGACUACAAAUUGGUCAACUCUAGCUUUAUUAUUAAUCAUGUUGGCUAUUUCAAGUGGUUUUGAAUUUAUUGCUGAUAAUUCAGAAAUGCCAAAAGUAACGCCUAAUACAACUCCAGGAUUGGUAUAUUAUUAUAGUGCCUUACCUUUUACUGGAUUUUUACUUGACUUGAAAGCACUUGAAAGUAUUCAAGCUUUGAUCAUGUUUGGGGUAUUUAUGACGACAAAUAAAUUAGAAAACUUUCAAUUGAUUGAUGGUGGGUACAUGUUUAUGAAUUUGGCAUUGGAAAUUGCAGUAGCAAAUAAAUUACAUUUGAAAGAGACAUACAAGAAUCAUUCUAAAGUUGAUCAAGAAGUUUACAAACGACUUUGGUGGACUUGUUAUACGAUGGAAAGACGACAUGGGAUUAACAUUGGUAAAGCAGAAUCAAUUUCACCAGAAGAUAUUACCGUGGACUUCCCUGAAGAUAUGCCUGAAUUUUACAACAGCUUGGGUUACAGUAAUCAUCUUAGUCAAAUUUCAACCAUUCAGAUUAAUUUCAUAUAUCGUGAUAUCAUGCAAUCAUUUUAUUCAACAACUAAAUCUAAAAAGGAUACAAAAGUUUCAAUUGAUCCUAAACUUAUAAGAAAACUAGUUGAAGAUUUAGAAGAAUGUAAAUUGAAUUUUCCAGAUUAUGCUAAAAUUGAUAAUCUUGAUCCAAAUGCACCAAGAUACAGAGGUUGCAUUCAUUUGAAUCAGUUUUACUAUUUGGCAAAGAUCUACAUUGGUAAGCCAUUUCUACUAUACAAAGUUGAAAACUACAAACGAUUGAACGAAAAUAAUGGAUACGAAUCAGCAUUUGUUGAUCAUUUGUCCUCAAUUUGUAUCGAUGCUGCUUUUUGUUGUGUUGAAUUGUUAUCUGAAUUGCAAAAAUACAACAAAUUGGGAUUGUUUUCAUGUACUGAUAUUAAUGUUUGUAAUAUCGCUUUAUUUGCCAUUCUUGUCUUUUUAAAAAUUGAUAGAUCAGAGACAACAUUAUUAUUCUUGAGGAAAGGUUUAAGUAUUUUAAAAAUUAUGUCUGACGGAAGUGCAAGUGCAAAACUGGCAUUGCAAAAAUUACAGAAGCUAGAUAAAUUGGUUUCCGAUUUAUCUGAAUUAGAUGAUUUUGAAAAGGACAUAAAACCACAUAGGGUGUUAGGAGAUCAUGAAUCUGCUUCAAAAUCCUUUCCAAUAGACAUUUCAAAUCAAGAUCAAUUAUUAGAGUUUGGUAAUUUAGGAACUGGUGAUACCGAUGCUAAUUUAAUUGGUUAUAUGCAUACGCAACAGAAUUUCUUCAACGAUAUGGGUGAUUUCUUACUAUCUGUCGAUGAUGAUAUAUUUGAUCAGUUAAAGCUACUGGGAUUUGUAGAGUAA